AUGUAUAGAUUGACACUCAUCAUUCCACCACCUGAUGAUUCCCCUUUUUCCGUUGUUGCUUCUAUUCUAGGGUGUUUUGUAAUGGUUUUUUGGGGUUUAAGGCCAGGAGGACUAGAAGUAUUGAUCUCCAUUCCUCAAUCCUCAAGGAGGCCCUUAAUAGUAAAAGACUGGGAUGUGGAAGAUGGUUUCAGAGUAGAAGCUAUUAAACCAGUCCAUGUUUGGGUGCAAUUGCCCAAGUUGCAGCUCAAAUACUGGACUGCUAAAACCUUAAGCAGAAUCAUAACCCCCAUGGGAAAGCCAAUAGAGAUGGAUGAAAUCACAUCCAUGAAGAUCAAUGAGAAGGUGCAAACUACUGUUUGUUUUGAAAAUGAAUAUGGGAUCUUACAAGAGCAGCAAGGGCAAUAUGAAUGGCUUCCUGUAAAGUGUGGUAAUUGUAAGGGCUAUGGACAUGAAACCAGUACUUGUAGAAAGCCAGUGGAAAAAACUUGGAAGGAAAAAACUAUAUUAAGGAAACCGGUACCAGAAGAGAUGACUGUCAAGAAAAUGGAAGAUGAUGGAGACCAUCGAGCUAACACUAAUGGAAAGGGACAUGUGGCUGCCAAUAAUGGAGAAGACGAGCAAGUUGAGGUCAUGAAAGCUAAUGGAGGAUCUAAAGAUGCUGCUUUAAAGAAUAAUUCUUACAUUCGUGAUCCACUCUCAAACAUUGUUGGACCAAUGACUCGUGCUAGACGCAAGAGGAUGGAUGAAUCACUUAAUAGUCUAAUUACUACUACAUGGACUAAGGAAGAAAUUAAGCUUGAGGAUUACAAACCCAAGACUAUUAAUUUGUUGCAUGUGACACCAAAUGGACUUGGCCUAUUUGGAGAGAAAGAAUUUCGGUCCUCAAUCCAAGGAGAGACUACCGGCCACACUUCUUAUGGAGGUCGAAUGGAUCCCUAA